AUGGCCAGAAACGUCACGGUAAGUCAUCAUAACCAUGCGCUAACACCAGCUCCUGCUCCUGAAAACUGUGAUAAGCCGGGCCAAGAGGUUCUGUUUGAACAGCCUGUUUUACAAACAUUGCAAAUGUUCGUGGGCGAAAUUCUGUGCUGGAUUCCUGUUCUCAUAGGGCGUGCACGGAAGGGGUCUGCGGAUGUCGUGGAACAAGCCCCUUUGCUGGGGAAGAAGAGAAUUACCACAGCACGCGAGUCCUUCGUGCUUUCGUUACCUGCUGUGUGCGACUUUACGGCGACGACACUGCUAAACGUCGGGUUACUGUACACUCCUGUUUCAAUUUACCAGAUGACUAGGGGAUCGGUCAUUUUGUUCGUUGGGCUAUUUUCGGUCACUGCGUUGCACAAGAUCAUUACCAAGCUGGAGUGGCUCAGUUUGUUCAUAGUUGUUUUUGGGGUGUUCGUUGUUGGUUUGAGCGGGUCUAUCGAAGCUGGCGAGGAGUCCACGCAAUCAGAACAAGACAACGUCGUGUUUGGAAUGCUCAUAAUUAUUCUCGGUAUCAUGUGCAACGCCGCCCAGUUUGUGAUUGAGGAAAGCAUUCUCGCCAACCUGGAGGUGAGUCCUCUGAAACUCGUUGGCUAUGAAGGCAUAUAUGGUGCACUGGCGACCACAGCCUUUAUGCUGCUUGGCCAAGCAUUCAUGCACAAGUCACCCAAGGACGCAUGGGAUAUGGUGUAUGCUCUGAAGCUUAUGUUCACGCAUUCUCGGGUGCUGCUCAGCUCGGUGCUCAUUAUGCUUUCCAUUUCGUCAUUCAAUUUCUUUGGCAUUUCCCUCACCCACAAACUUAGUGCCACUGCUCGCUCCACCAUUGAUACCUCAAGAACGCUGCUUGUGUGGCUGGUGUCGCUGACUAUUGGCUGGGAGCAGUUCAGAGUGCUGCAACUGGUGGGGUUCAGCCUUCUUCUGUAUGGCACUCUUGUGUUCAAUGGGGUUAUAGAGCUUGAGAAGAGCCGUUACGUGCCUCAAUGGUUGAAACAAAGAUCGAAAGAUCCUAUCAUCACCAUAGACGAGCCGAUUGAGAGGUUUUGA